AUGAGUCUAGUGGGCGGCUUCCCCCACCACCCGGUGGUGCACCAUGAGGGCUACCCUUUCGCUGCCGCCGCCGCCGCCGCCGCCGCCGCCGCCACCCGCUGUGGCCACGAGGAGAACCCCUACUUCCACGGCUGGCUCAUCAGCAGCCACCCGGAGAUGUCCCCCCCCGACUACAGCAUGGCUCUGUCCUACAGCCCCGAGUACGCCAACGGGGCGCCGGGCAUGGACCACUCCCAUUACGGGGGGGUGCCGCCCGGGAACGGCCCGCCCGGGCUCGGGGGGCCCCGGCCGGUGAAACGCAGGGGCACGGCGAACCGCAAGGAGCGGCGCAGGACUCAGAGCAUCAACAGCGCCUUCGCGGAGCUGAGGGAGUGCAUCCCCAACGUGCCCGCAGACACCAAGCUCUCCAAGAUCAAAACCCUCCGUCUGGCCACCAGCUACAUCGCCUACCUCAUGGACCUGCUGGCGAAGGACGACCAGAACGGGGAGGCGGAGGCUUUCAAGGCAGAGAUCAAGAAGACAGACGUGAAGGAAGAGAAGAGGAAGAAAGAGCUGAACGAAAUCUUGAAAAGCACAGUUAGCAGCAACGAUAAGAAAACCAAAGGGAGGACUGGCUGGCCGCAGCAUGUCUGGGCUUUGGAGCUCAAGCAGUGAGCACGGCAGGACUGGAGGAGCCGUCCUCUUAGUCUCGGUAGUGAGCUCUCCUCUGAGGACUCUUUGUAUUUGGAAUAAUCCAGUUUAUUUAUGUGCAAUUUCUCCCCCAACCCCCCAAAAUGUGGAUAUUUGAAGGAGAGGGAAAAAGCAUUCCAUAUAUGAAGAGGAAACUCCAGCUUGGUAAGGGGUAACGUCUCUAAAUGUUUCGUGAAUGUUAUUUGCUCUGUAUAAAAACACGUGGGGAAAACAGAACCGUAGAAAAGGAAAAAAAAAAAUCCCUCCCUGGCAUUAGUGUGUAUGUGAAGUGUAUCUUUAAUACUUGGCCUUUUGGAUAUAAAUAUUCAUGGGAUUAUAAAGCUAUAUUUCAACAAAA